AUGCUGAUCAAGGAGUAUCGAAUACUCCUCCCUAUGACUGUGGACGAGUAUCGCAUUGCGCAGCUUUAUAUGAUUCAGAAGAAAAGUCGACUCGAUUCACAUGGCAAAGAUAGCGGUGUUGAAAUUAUCACAAAUAAGCCGUAUUAUGAAGGUCCUGGUGGGCAGGGCCAAUACACAUUCAAAAUUUAUCAUAUUGGAAGCAAAAUACCAGGAUGGAUUAGAACCGUAUUGCCAACAAAUGCUUUAGAAGCCCAUGAAGAAGCAUGGAAUGCUUAUCCUCUCACAAAAACAAGGUAUUCAACGCCUAUGAUGGAUCGCGUUAGUGUUGAGGUCGAGACCGUUUACAUUAACGACGAAGGAAAUCAAGAAAAUGUCUUCAAUUUGUCGGAAGAUGAAUUGAAAACGAGAAUCAUCGAUGUAAUGGAUUUCGUGAAAGAUCCCAUAUCUGCUCAUGACUAUUGCAUUGAAGAAGAUCCUAAGUUGUAUAAGAGUCAAAGCACAGGUAGAGGACCUUUAGCAGAUGACUGGGUCCAAGAACACAUUCGAUUAGGGAAACCUAUUAUGUGUGCAUAUAAAUUGUGUCGCGUUGAGUUCAAAUAUUGGGGUUUACAAACCAGAGCUGAACGUUGGAUUCAUGACCUUGCUUUACGUGGUACUAUGCUCAGAGCUCAUCGUCAAGCUUGGGCUUGGCAAGAUGAAUGGGUGGGCUUAACAAUGAAAGAUAUCCGACAUCUCGAAGCUGAAGCUGCUCUUCAUCUAUCAGCUGUUAUGGCCACCGGGGAAGAAAAUAAGGAAGAAGAUGAAAUGGAUGAAUCUGAAGAAGAUGAUGAUUUGUUUUAUGAUUGUAUCGAAGGCCCGUCGCCUGGCUCGAAGCCUCCUUCAAUUAUAAGAUGGAGCUCUGAGGUGGAAUUAGAUCAUCAAGAUGAAGGAUCGCCUCCAGCUACUCCUUCGGCAGCAGCUGAAACAGCUCUGCUGGUUUUAGUUUUUCAUGGGGAUUUCUCUCCUGAAAAUCCAGCUGAUAGCAAAACGACUGACACCAACACUUUCAAGUCUACGAUAGAUUCUUUGAUAAACAGACAUUAUCCGCAACUAAAGGGACGUGUUCAUAUACAAUUAGUGUCAUGUGGUCGAGAAUUGAGUAGCAUUGUCAGUAAACUAACAGCUAUCUCACCUUCUUUUGGUCUCUUACAUCCAUCUCUUUCUCUGAUCCUUUCUUCCGCUCAUGCGCAAUAUAAUGAGGCUAUUGAAGGAACAAUUCGUAGGGCAAAUGAUACUUAUAUCGAAUAUUUGGAAUCGCAACCAUCAUUCAGUGGCGAAGUUUUUGUUGUUGGAGACUCUGUUGGUGGCUUGUUCCUAUAUGAAGCCAUGACUACUCGCAAUGAAAUGUUGCCGCUAACAAUGACCCGCCAUUCCAGUUCAGUUUCUACUCGAACAAUUCCCGAAGGACAGGAAGAGACUGCAUCUUCUUCGUUUGUUUCUCGUCGCUCUAUGCAUGAACCAAGAGAUUGUUCUUCUUCACUUGAUGAGAGUCAUGAACAUAUACGUUCAAUUUCCGUUUUUCACCAAACUCCAGUGCAUCAAAUGCCACCCAGGUCUCCACGUACGCUCUCAGCCCCUCCAUCUGCUGGAUAUACAAAGAAAAAAAUAUCAAUCGGAGCGAUAUCAGUAGAUUCAAUAAACAUAACUUCUCGAUUAGCUUUUCAUCCGGCAAAUGCAUUUCUCUUGGGUUGUCCUCUCGGAUUAGUACUAACUCAAAGAAAAUUAGCAGGAUUAGAUGUGGAAAAUCUUGAUAGUUGUCAGCUUUUCAACUUGUAUUAUCCGUUCGAUCCAUGUGGCUCUAGAGUGGAGCCCGUUCUGAAUUCUCAAUUGAAUCUUGUCCCACCGGCAAACAUUCCAAAGUACCAACGAUAUCCUCUUGGAGAUGGCAAAAACAUUUCCUUUGACUCUUCCAUUGACUUGAACAGAAUGUGGGGAACAAAGCGCAUGGACCAUGUUCUCUAUUGCCCUAAUGCAAUGAUUGCAUUGCCGUCAACAGCUCUUCCGAACAUCCUUCACGCUUCAUAUUGGGAAUCUUUGGAUGUCGCAGCUUUCAUUUUAAGACAAUUUGUCAGAGGGGAAGAAGCAAUACUGACAACAUUAUCUGCUAGUAUGAAUUCCAUUCCCAUGAAUCUGCCUCUGCCACCAAUGCAAUGGAGAAAAAGAAGAACGAGAUUUAAGACGGCUAAUCUUUCUCCAAAUCAUAGGGCUAACGAUGUUUUAGUCAUCAACGGAUUAGAGCAAAACAUUCAUGCCAAGUUUUUCUAUGGACCAAUGGAUUUAGUUGCUCUUACUAGGGAAUCCGUCACCGUCUAUGUUUGUCCUCAAAGAGGUGAUUGGUAUAAAGUGGGGACUUACGAAACUGAUUCUCAUGGCCGGCUUCAUCUUGCAAUGCCUCAAUCUCUACCUUGUGGUGUACAUAAUAUUAAAAUUGUUGUUCAUGGCGAUCGAUCGUAUUUGGAUGUUUUUCUUGCUGUUGUUCCGAAAGAUACGCGAUGCGUCGUUUUUUCUGUUGAUGGAUCUUUAACUGCUUCUAUAUCAGUUACGGGCAAAGAUCCUAAAGUUAGGCCUGGUGCUGUAGAUGUUGUUCGUUAUUGGCAUGAACAGGGUUAUGUCAUUAUUUAUUUGACGGCAAGACCGGAUAUGCAACAAAGAGCUUUAUCUGCUUGGUUGGCUCAUCAUAAUUUCCCUCAUGGGCUUCUGUUUUUCAAUGCUUCUUUCUCUACGGAACCAUUGAGACAAAAAACGAUGCAUUUGAAGCAACUAAUUGAUAUGUCCAUAAGAAUACAUGUAGCCUAUGGAAGCGGAAAAGAUGUAGCUGUAUAUACGGGAGCGGGUGUAGAUCCUGAUAGGAUAAUAUCAGUCUCUGGUGGUAGACGUAGGAAUUGUACAUUCAUCGAUAACUAUUCGCAUCACUUGGCAGACUUGACUGCGGGAAAUUUUGUUUUUAGUCAACGCAAUUCUUCGAGUGCAGAUAAAGCUGAUGAUACGAAUAGUCUGAACAUUCCUCAAAAUCAUAGAAAUAUUCAACGAACGUCGUCAUUUUCACCUCGUGCAGGUAAAUUGGAAAACGACAGAAGAUAA